AGCAGAGAGAGCCUGGGCACUGAGCUAGGGUUGCCUGACUUAAAGGAACAGGCUCCCCACCCGUUCCUCAAGCCCCUCCAAGCUGUCCCCUCCAGGCUUUGAUCUCUGUCUCCCUGUCCUGAGGACCUCUCCCUCCUGAGGCCACCAUUGGGUCCCUUCUCAGUGGCCCCUGAGUGCUCUCUCAGCAUGAACUGCGUGUCAGAUUUCUUCACCUACGAGACCACCAAGUCAGUGGUUGUGAAAAGCUGGACCAUUGGUGUCAUCAACCGAGCAGUCCAGCUUUUGAUCAUCUCCUACUUCGUGGGGUGGGUGUUCUUACACGAGAAGGCUUACCAGGUGCGGGACACAGCCAUUGAGUCCUCCGUCGUAACCAAGGUCAAGGGCUUUGGACGCUAUGCCAACAGAGUCAUGGACGUGUCUGAUUAUGUGACCCCACCCCAGGGUACCUCUGUCUUUGUCAUCAUCACCAAGAUGAUAGUUACUGAAAACCAGAUGCAAGGAUUCUGCCCAGAGAGCGAGGAGAAGUACCGCUGUGUAUCAGACAGCCAGUGCGGGCCUGAGCGCUUCCCGAGUGGGGGGAUCCUCACCGGCCGCUGCGUGAACUACAGCUCUGUGCUCCGGACCUGUGAGAUCCAGGGCUGGUGCCCCACCGAGGUGGACACGGUGGAAAUGCCUGUCAUGAUGGAAGCCGAGAACUUCACUAUUUUCAUCAAGAACAGCAUCCGUUUCCCCCUCUUCAACUUUGAGAAGGGAAACCUCCUUCCCAACCUCACAGCCGCCGACAUGAAGACGUGCCGUUUCCACCCUGACAAGGCCCCCUUCUGCCCCAUCUUGCGGGUGGGGGACGUGGUCAAGUUCGCAGGGCAGGAUUUUGCCAAACUGGCCAGCACGGGCGGAGUCCUCGGCAUUAAGAUCGGCUGGGUGUGUGACCUCGACAGGGCCUGGGACCAGUGCAUCCCCAAAUACUCCUUCACCAGGCUCGACAGCGUUUCCGAGAAGAGCAGCGUCUCCCCAGGCUACAACUUCAGGUUCGCCAAGUACUACAAGCUGGAGAAUGGCAGCGAAUACCGCACACUCCUGAAGGCUUUUGGCAUCCGCUUUGACGUGCUGGUGUACGGGAAUGCUGGCAAGUUCAACAUCAUCCCCACCAUCAUCAGCUCUGUGGCAGCCUUCACCUCCGUGGGAGUGGGGACCGUCCUCUGUGACAUCAUCCUGCUGAACUUCCUCAAGGGGGCCGACCAGUACAAAGCCAAGAAGUUUGAGGAGGUGGACGAGACGACGCUGAAGGUCACCGCCUCGGCCAACACAGUGUACCCCAGCGACCAGACCACCGAGGAGAAGCGGUCCACAGAUUCGGGGGCCUACUCCAUUGGCCACUAGGGCCCCUUCCCAGGGCUCCAUCUGCUCACCCUUGGGCUCCAGGCCUCCCACUAGGGCACCCACCUAGGCAAGGGGGGGAGGCAGAGAGGGGGGCCUUCGUUUCUACUGUUCACCCCAGGAAGCCACACUGGACCCAGGUGUCUGGGCCUCGCAGCGCUCUGGCAGACAGGUAGCCCUCCCUGCUAAGACCUCACUCUCCGGUUCACCCCUUGCCUCGCCCUGUCUGCUUCCCUGGACCCCUAGGGCAGUAGCACCUGAGCUGCCCCCCUUCCCAAGAGUAGAGAGAACAACAGUGAUAAUGAGUGGCCACAAGGCACUACUAAGUGCCCGCCAGUGUCACGCACAUUAUCUCAUUUAACCCGUAGAAUAAUCCUAUGAGGUAGAUA